CAGUCAAAGUGUCAAAAAAUUACUGUCGUGCUGGUCUUGCUCCCGUCCGUCUCGCGGAUCAAUCCUACCAGUCCUUAUUAAAAAGCGCCGAGAAUAUUAAAACUUUUGCGAUUAGUUUGCUUAAAAAUACUGUAGAAUGACGCUCUAUCAUUUCGGAAACUGUAUAGCACUAGUUUACGUGCCUUACUACAUGACUUACAAAUAUUCCGGAUUAUCGGAAUAUGGAGCAUUCUGGAAGUGCAUACAGGCUGGUGGAAUUUAUGUUUUCACACAGCUCUUCAAGAUGUUGGUUCUUGCGACAUUCUUUCCCGACACGGACAGUUUUAUCGGAGAAGGCCAGUUCAACCUGAUUGCGGAAUUCCUCCGAUGCAGUGUAGACUUGAUGGACCUCCUAGGACUGGCAUUCGUGUUGUCGAAAAUUCCCGGUAAAGGUCACAGCAAGUUGAUCACUGCCGGACUGGGAUGGGCCACUGCUGAAGUAAUUCUGUCACGUGGCCUGAUGCUGUGGGUCGGUGCCCGCGGAGCAGAAUUUUCGUGGAUCUACAUUCAACGUUGUUUGGAGUCGAAUAUCCUGCUGGUGCAGCACCUGGCCACAGCAACGCUGUUGUGGCUGUUUUCCCGUCAUGAUCUGGAGAAGAAGUUCGUUCCACUGGUGAUUGUUUUGCUUGUGGCUAUUUCCUUCCGCGGCGUGUGGCUCGAAGGCACUCUCCAGGCACUAUCCACAGGACCAUGGUUCGGGUUAGGUCUUAAAGCAAUAAUCACUGGCUGCAUUGGGUUCGUAACAUUGCACAUUUACUCGGGAUUGGCUCAGUCUAUUGGGUUGUAAAGAUUAAUGUAUCGAAUGGGUUUUUCAUAGAAAUAAGAAUAAUCCACAUUUUCAUUAUUUUACAUAAUUUAUUUUCACGCCACAACAUAUUUGCGAUGCGAGUUUAGACCAAAAUAUAACAAUGAUAAUAAUUAAAUAUAUUAUGAGGUGCGUUAAUCCUUUA